AUGUCUCCGGGCAGGGAGGUAUUUGAUUGCCAUUUCCUGUCUGAUGAGAUCAAGUAUGUCCACAAUGGCUGUCCAUUACUGAAGGAAGAUAUGGUCAAACUUCGUCUUUACAGGUUCACAGAGACGGAUACAUCUAUAGAGGACUUUUCUCUCCAUGUGGACAUCAUGGAGCCUGAAUGCAGCAUCAUUAGGCUUGGGCCCAAAUCACUUGAGGUCCCUGAGUUUUAUGGACUCUCAGAUGCCAUUGAUGGUAAUGUGGUGUCCUUUCACUAUGAGAGGAGAUCUACUCUGAAAUGCAGUAUCCACCUCAGUCACCAUGAUUCCCACCUGCCUGCCCAUGGUCAACUGGUCACAGGCGAACCAGACAAAGCUUCUAAAAGAGGAGAUGAGCCAGAGAGUUUUAUUUAUCUGCGUCAGCAACUAGAUAAUAAGGCCAGGGCCAUGUGUAAGUCCGAGGACUGCCUGAAGGGACUGAAACUUGUCAAGUUCUCCAAAAUUUCCUGUGAGGACUUUUUGCUGAUGGGGUUAAAGUAUCAGCACAUGGAUCCCCCAUCUCCAGAUGUGGAUUACAUUGCAAUCAGACUGGACCUGAAGGACACCAGGAGUGGCAGCAUUUACCAGUCCGAGCAGGCUUGGAUUCCUGUGAGGAUUGGCGGUGGAAUGCCCAACCAGCCCCCCAAACCAUCCUUCAUGUCCAUGUUUAUCCUGGAAGUAGAUCAAUUCAUCCUCACUCCACUUUCCACGGCUACACUGGAUGCUGAAGACGAGGAAACUCCCAAACAGCUUCUUGUUUUUAACAUCACCAACCCCCCCAAGGAAGGCUUUAUUACCCAUCUUUCUGACCACACACGUCCAGUUUUCUCCUUCACAUGGCUUGAUCUCAAUGACAUGCUCAUUGGGUACCAACCUCCAAAUUCUUCACACACUCAACGUAGUAAUUAUGAGGUGGAAUUUGAGGUUUAUGAUUUUUUCUUUGCGAGGAGUCCAUCAAUGACCGUUCACACUUCUGUAAGAAAUGCAGACACAAAUGCACCAAGAGUCUCCUGGAACAUGGGUCUGAGCCUCCUAGAGGGUCAGUCUCGUCCAAUAACAUGGGACCAGCUCCAAAUUGUUGAUAACGACAACAUGAAAGCUGUUCGAAUCAUCAUUGUGGAUGGGCUGCAUCAUGGACAGCUCACUGUAAGAGGUGGUAAGGGCUUCAUGUUCACUGUAAGUGACAUAAAAGCUGGUGUGGUCUGUUAUCUCCAUGACGACAGUGACUCUACCAAAGACUUCAUCAUCUUUCGCAUUACUGAUGGCCACCAUCAGACCCGACACAAGUUCCCCAUCAAGAUCCUCCCCAAAGAUGACAGUCCUCCUGUUCUCAUAACUAACAUGUUGUUGGAAGUUUCAGAGGGACAGACUGCUUUACUUAGUGGCUCCAUCCUCCAGGCUGCAGACAUGGACUCCAGUGAUGACUACAUCCUCUUUAACAUCACCCGCCUUCCACAGGCUGGAGAGAUCAUGAAAAUGCCAGGACCAGGCUUGGCAGGUUACCCAGUGGGCCACUUUCUACAGAAGGACGUCACUCAGUCUAUAGUUUACUAUAGACACUUUGGGAGUGAAGUGUUUGCUGACUCUUUCGAGGUGGUGCUGUCUGAUUUCCAUGAUCCCCCCAACCUGUCAGAACCUCAAGGGAACAAAAUGUCAUGA